AUGCAAAUUUACGACGUCUUUACAUUAGAAAAAUUACGGUGUGUGUCAUCGACCAAGCCAUUGAGGGGUCAGAUUUUGGAAAGAGCGAAGCCAGUGGAGAUUAAUAAAAAAAUCCUUGAUUCGAAGAUGAGAUGGAAUAAGCUUCAUUAUCAGGUGAAGUGGCUAGGCUAUGAUCCUAAUCCAAGGUGGUAUUUGGCGGCGAAUUUUAAGAAUGCACCGCGUCAAUUGAAGUCAUUCCACAAUCGAUAUCCAGAGAAGCCGGGACCCCCGGUGAACUUGCAACGAUGGAUUGAGGCAGCAGAGAGGGACGAAUUUGUUAACGAUGACAGAAAAGAUAACGCGAUAGAGGAGUUGGAACCGAGCGCUUGA